UCCCGCAUACUGUGGACUCCCCCUCCUCACCUGAGCGGAGGUAUCAGAGCAGCUGGCGUCGGUGGAACCGUGGAACAGAGAUGACGACACGCACGACUUUGCUUGCAACUCUGCUGGGCCUGCUUCUGCUGUGGGCCUCCUGCUCUCAGGCCAACAAAACAGAGGAAGAGAUAAAGGAAGAAGUGAUGGAAAAAAUUAAAAAGGAGCUGCCCACAGAAAUAAACGGGAUACCGGAGGAGAUGGAAAUAAUUUCUGAGGAGGAGGAAAUCGAGAUGCCAAAGAAAGAGAAAACAACAGACAUAGAAGAGGAGCAGGAUGUGUUGGUUCUCCACAAAAUCAACUUUGACAGAGCUCUGAAGGAGAAUCAGAUUUUAAUGGUGGAAUUCUAUGCUCCAUGGUGCCAACACUGCAGAGAGUUUGAGCCAAACUAUUCAGACGCUGCUGAGAAGUUGAAGCAGGAGAAGUCAGCGAUUCGAUUGGCCAAAGUGGACGGUGAAGAGGAGAAGGAGCUGUCUCUGGAGUUCAAUAUCAAGGGGUAUCCCACCCUGUUUCUGUUCCUCAACGCAGACCGCAAGAAUCCCAUCACCUACACCGGAAAAAGGUCAGCAGAAAGUCUCAUCAGGUGGUUGAAGCGUCGUACCGGCCCCGGUGCUACAAUCCUGGAUUCUUCAGAUGCUGCAGAACAAUUCAAUAAUGCCCAUAAUAUCAGUGUUGUAGGAUUCUUUGAGAGUCUGGACAGUGAAGCAGCCAAGGCCUUCAAUAAGGUCGUCAUGGACGUGACUGAAGCAGAGUUUGCUAUCACAUCGAGUUCUGAGGUUUUUGAAAAGUACGAUGUCAAACCCAACUCUGUGGUGCUUUUUAAAAAGUUUGAUGAAGGCAGAGCGGACUUUGCGUUGUCAGAAAAUGGAACGGUGGACAAAGAUAAACUGACCUCGUUCAUUGAAGUGAACUGUCUGGAGCUGGUCAUCACAUACACCUCAGAGAUUGCAGAGAAGAUUUUCACUUCCAGCGUCCGGAAUCACAAUCUGCUGUUUAUCAAUUCCAUUGUGGAACAUCAGAAAGCUCUGCUAGAUGAAUUCAGGGCUGUUGCAAAGGAGUUCAGGGGCAAGAUUAUCUUCAUUGUGAUCGAUGUGGCAGCAGGCCACAGUAAUGUACUGCAAUACUUCGGCAUAUCUGAGACCGAUAUUCCCAAUAUGCGCCUCUUCAAAAUGGAGUCAGGGAAGAAAUAUGCCAUCCAGUCUGGGAAUAUAACAGCAGAUGCAAUCCGUCAAUUAUGCCAGGACGUGCUGGAUGGCACUGCCAAGCCCUACUACAAGACUCAGGAGAUUCCAGAAGACUGGAAUAAGGGUCCAGUCAAAGUCCUGGUGGGGAAGAACUUUAAUGAGGUUGCACUGGAUCCAACAAAAAAUGUCUUUGUGAUGCUCUAUGCGCCGUGGUGUGGACACUGCAAAAACGUGGCUCCCAUUUGGGAAGAGCUGGGCAAAAAGUAUGCCGAUCACGACAACAUCAUCAUAUCCAAGAUGGAUGCCACAGAAAAUGAGGUGGAAAGUAUUGAAAUCCAAGGAUUUCCCACCUUUAAAUAUUAUCCAACGGAUGGAAAAGAGGCGAUCGACUAUACUGCAAAUCCAGAUAUACACACUUUCUCCAAGUUCUUGGACAAUGGAGGAUUGCUGCCUGAGGUGUCAGAUGAAGAAGAACCUGGUGAUGAUGGGGAUAAAGGUGAUGAUGAUGGUGAGGACACUAAUGGGCAGGAUGAUGGUGAGGACAGUGGUGAUGAUGGUGAUGAGCAGGAUGGUGAUGAUGAUGAGGAUGAUGAUGGUAGUGGCAAAUUUCAAAAGGACGACAGCAGCACUAAGGCCGACAAGGAUGGUGACGAUGAGGAUUUAAACACAUCACCUCGGGAUGAGCUGUGAAGGCACCUUGGUUGGAGCCAGUUGGGAUCAAUUUAGAAUCUUCCAAAUUUUUUUAAUAAAAAUAAUUUGGGUUAUAAAACAUAA